AUGGGUAUGAUCUGCCUCUACCAGGACAAGUUCAUUACACAGCUGAAUUAUAUCAUCACAUGGCUUGCUACAUCUGAAUAUAGAGUGGAGACAAAAAGACCCACUCAAAUCCAGCUUCAAAUACUUACUAGCCGGGCGCGGGCUGGCGGGAGGGCAGACGGGCGGGCGCUGCUGGCCCCGUUGUGCUGCGGCCGCCACGGCCUGUGCAUCCCCCGGCCCCGCCAUGGAGGCCGGGGCCCCGCCAUCCGCGAGGGCUGGUUCCGGGAGACGUGCAGCCUGUGGCCGGGCCAGGCCAUGUCCCUGCAGGUGGACGAGCUGCUCCACCACCAGCGCUCCCGCUACCAGGAGAUCCUGGUCUUCCUCAGUAAGACCUACCGCAACGUCCUGGUGCUGGAUGGAGUCAUCCAGUGCACAGAGAGGGAUGAAUUCUCAUACCAGGAGAUGAUUGCCAACCUGCCCCUCUGCAGACAUCCCAGCCCACGAAAGGUGCUAAUCAUUGGUGGUGGGGACGGGGGAGUCCUUCGGGAAGUGGUGAAGCAUCCAUCUGUGGAGUCUGUGGUCCAGUGUGAGAUUGACGAGGACGUGAUCCAGGUCUCUAAGAAAUACUUGCCGGGCAUGGCCGUGGGCUACUCCAGCCCAAAGCUGACCUUGCACGUUCGAGAUGGAUUUGAAUUCAUGCAGCAGAACCAGGAUGCCUUCGAUGUCAUCAUCACUGACUCCUCGGACCCCAUGGGUCCUGCCGAGAGUUUGUUCAAAGAGUCUUAUUACCAGCUGAUGAAGACAGCGCUGAAAGAUGACGGGAUCCUCUGCUGUCAGGGUGAGUGCCAGUGGCUGCAUCUGGACCUCAUCAAGGAGAUGCGUCACUUCUGCAAGUCUCUGUUCCCUGUUGUGGAAUAUGCCUACUGCACCAUCCCCACCUACCCCAGUGACCAGAUUGGCUUCAUGCUCUGCAGCAAGACCCCGAGCACUAAUUUCCGGGAGCCAGUACAGCAGCUGACCCAGGAGCAAGUACAGAAAAUGAACCUCAAAUAUUACAACUCGGACAUCCACCGCGCGGCCUUUGUGCUGCCUGAGUUUGCCCGCAAGGCCCUGAGCGAUGUGUGAGGAGACCAGUACAC